CCCAUGGGCGUCAUUAUGUUACAGGGAGUUCUCUGUCUCUCUUCCCUGCAGGAAAUCGCCUCUUACCUUAUCACCUUCGAGAAGCACGACGAAUGGCUAUCCUGCGCCCCUAAGACCAGACCCCAGAACGGUUCCAUCAUCCUAUACAACCGGAAGAAGGUGAAAUACCGGAAAGAUGGCUAUUGUUGGAAGAAGAGGAAGGACGGAAAGACCACACGGGAAGAUCACAUGAAGCUGAAAGUGCAGGGUAUGGAGUGCCUCUAUGGAUGCUACGUCCACUCGUCCAUUGUUCCAACCUUUCACCGACGCUGCUACUGGCUCCUACAGAACCCAGAUAUUGUUCUAGUUCACUAUCUGAAUGUUCCAGCCAUUGAGGAUUGUGGGAAGAUCUGCGGCCCCAUUCUGUGCUCCACAAGUAGUGACCGGAAAGAGUGGAUGAAAUGGAGCAAAGAAGAUCUCAUCAGCCAACUGAAACCCAUGUUUCAUGGCGUUAAGUGGUCCUGCAGUAACGGGAACGGAACUAGCGAGUUCUCCAUAGAGCAACUUGUACAGCAGACGCUGGAAACACACCAAGCCAAACCCCCACCCCGCACCCACACCUGUCUGUGUAACACCACUCUGGGAUCAUCCGGCAGCGUUCCUCACAAAUGUACCAGCACCAAGCACCGCAUCAUCUCUCCAAAGGUGGAGCCUCGACUGUGCCCAUUCCCUGCUCUUACCGAGGUUCAGAACUUCUCUUCGUCUUCUACGGAGCCAGACCAAGGCAAGGAACGAAGACCAGGGCAUAGGGGGGCCAAGGCACCUUUGGCCAAUGACGCCAGCUCCUCACAUUCCUUCCCAGACCUACCAGACACCACUCAGACCUCCCCUCCGCUGACGCUCACAAAUGGAUUCUACGCCGAUAGGGAGCUGGCUGGAGUCACCAUAACGACCACCCCUGGUGUUCCCGGCAUUAGUGCGGUGCUGGUGAUGACCGGAAUUGCAGAGAAGCCCCUGGCAUUGACACCCAGCCAACAUCUUUUGCCAGCAGACGCCGUAAACCAACCUGCCACCGUACCGGUCGGCAUUUCCAUCCUGCCUACGCCCGUAGAGGGCCUCCUGCUCUCCUCCUCACACAGCCUGGAGGUAGCCAUGGAGGCAGCUCCCGGGGGAAGCAAUGGAACGUUCGACCCAGACUCCUUCCUCAAUAGCCCAAGGGAAGGACAGACUUACGGGGGAGCGGCGAAGACAGGUGACUUUAAAACGGAGAUGAUUGACGGAGGGAUGGAGGACUUGGGCUCCAAGGUGGGGAGUUACAUGGAAACAGGCAAUCUAACAGAAGCUGGAUUAGUCACAAACAUGGCCGAGGAGAAGCCAAGUGUGGGAAAGACAGGGAUGGAGGAGGAGGAGAGUGGUGUGGCGGAGGAGGUCAGCCACGGAUCGGAGAUUGAAAUGGAGGAGACAAAGGAUGAGCAGGUCAGCUCCAGCGAUGAGGUGAGAAAGGACAUUGUAUCAGCAGGGGAAGGGCAGGAGGACGACGGUGAAGCCCCGGGAACCCACAUGAACGACCUCUAUUCCAUCAUCCAAAAUGAUUUGAGUUCUUCCUCUGGGGCGUCCAGUGUGCACAUGGAGCUUUCUGCGGAAAACUUCAACAUCUCCUUUGAUAGCCAGUUCCCGGACCUCAUCUCUGAUUUGAUGACUGACGAAGCUGCCCCAGGAGGGUAUGAACAGUUUGGGGAACCUCAAGCCAAUUCUUCACCAGUUCAAGCGGGAUAUGGACAACCCCAGCAGAUGCAGCCAUUGGGAGGAAGCACUUCUGCAGUUACAGACCCGUUCCCUGAGCCAGGCGACACUUCAGUAGGGCUAGUGGAAAUUACAGACUUCUCUCCGGAAUGGUCCUAUCCUGAGGGUGGCGUUAAGAUUCUCAUUACCGGACCGUGGCUGGAGGACACCGAUUCCUAUUCCUGCGUGUUCGAUCACGUGACUGUGCCGGCCUCUCUCAUCCAAUCAGGAGUGCUGAGGUGCUACUGCCCAGCGCACGAGGCCGGACUGGUCACGCUGCAGGUCGUGCAGCACCAGCGUGUCUUCUCGCACUCUGUGAUCUUCGAGUACCGUGCCCGGAACUUCCUGUCCCUGCCCAGCACCCAGCUGGACUGGCUCUCCCUGGACGACAAUCAGUUCAGGAUGUCUAUUCUGGAGCGCUUAGAGCAGAUGGAGCGUCGGAUGGCCGAUAUGAGUUCUGGCCAGCUCCAGAAUCCCUCAGCACCGUUGGGCGGCCCGCGAGGAGGAGACACUCAGGUGUCGGCGGCAGACUCCUUCGAGGCCCGACUGGUGGCUGUAUGUGAGAAAAUGAUGGCGCAGUCCUGCUGGGUGACGUCCGAUCUUCUGGCCCAUGAGAUGAGCUUCCGUGGGAUGACUCUGCUGCACCUGGCGGCGGCGCAGGGUUACGCGCGUCUCAUUGAGACCCUGAUACAGUGGCGGAGCAUCCACUCUCAGAGCUUAGCGGUGGAGUUAGAGGUGGACCCUCUGAAUGUGGAUCACUUCUCCUGCACACCCCUGAUGUGGGCCUGCGCUCUUGGACACACGGAAGCUGCCACCCUACUCUUCCGCUGGGAUUGCCGGGCUCUUUCCAUCCCGGACUCUUUGGGCCGUCUUCCUCUUGGGGUUGCUCGAUCUCGAGGACAUGUCAAGCUGGCGUCCACCCUGGAGGAGAUGCAGCGGCAGGAGGCGGUGCCAGGAAACUUCACCGACUUGCACGCCUCCAACUGGCACUCGCUGAUGGGGAGCCAGGAGAUCGGCCAGGGGCUUUCUCCCCUCUCUACAAGUGCAGAUACCGGUCUCAGCAGUCUUCCGUCGCCUUCGGAUGUGUCAGAUGGCUCCAUCUCCAUUACAUCUGCCUAUUCCAGUAGCUCAGCCCUACGAGGCUCCCCUGAUUGCAGCACAGAAAGUAGCCAAGACACCCCUAUAGAGACAUCCCCCAAUUCCAGAUUGCUGGGAGCUGCGGCCUGGGAUUUGGAGGACCCGGUAGAGCAAGCCGGCUAUCUGGAUUCUCCUGGAGUGGAUGAAGAGGAUCUUCUGGAAUACAGAGAGGACACUGAGAACCAUGACUAUCUGCAGGUUGAUAUGGUUACCCUCGCAGAACAGAUCAUAGAGGCCACACCAGACCGGAUAAAGCAGGAUGACUUCACAGCAACGGAGCCUGGGGUCCUCCGAGAGAGACCGGGUAACCUUAGCAAGACCAUGGCCUGGCUUGCCAGCUACCUGGACACAGCUGACCAGAUGCCUGGAUUUCCCCCUCAUGGUGAGGGACUGCGUGCUGCUCGUGCCUUGGCUCGCUUUGCUCAGAUGAACCCGGUAGAGGAUGGGAGCAGCCUGGGAGCAGAGAUUGGAGCAUUUGGGCAGCGUAGCAAGAGAGGGAACAGGAGAUCCAUGGAGGGCUUACGUGUCAAGGUGACCAGGUCGGAGGCCCCACUGUCCCCCACAACGCCUCCUCCCCUGGGAGAGAUCUCCUUUGAAAGGUUUGACCCACCAGGAGCUGCCCGAUGGUCCGAGUUCCUUAGUGCCUCCAGUAGUGGCCGGAUGGAAAGUGAGUUUGCUCUGCUGACCCUCUCUGACCAUGAGCAGCGGGAGCUGUAUGAGGCGGCUCGAGUCAUCCAGACUGCCUUCCGCAAGUACAAGGGCCGACGGUUAAAGGAGCAACAGGAUCUGGCGGCUGCAGUAAUUCAGAGAUGCUACCGAAAAUACAAACAGCUGACAUGGAUCGCACUGAAGUACGCCCUGUACAAGAAGAUGACGCAGGCAGCCAUCUUGAUACAGUCCAAGUUUCGUAGCUACUACGAACAGAAACGCUUCCAACAGAGUCGCCGGGCCGCGGUGCUGAUUCAGCAAUGUUACCGAAGCUACAGAGAGGGGGCUCGCGGGGGCCCCAGUCUGCAACAUCGUAUCAGGGGGUCAUUUCUGACCAAGAAGCAGGACCAGGCCGCUCGCAAGAUCAUGCGUUUCCUGCGCCGCUGCCAGCACAGGAUGAAGGAGAUGAAGCAGAACCAGGAUCUGGAUUGUUUACAGAAGAGGGGACUGACCAAUUAACCCUGCUCCCCUCGCACCCCCCUAGUCCUGAGCCCCCCCCUUCCCUGCAUACUGCCUGCCGCACCCUCAUCACAGUGCAUGGGGAGAGU